UUAGCAUCAAUUCGAAGGAUGAAAACCCAUUUAAGGAGGCGAAGGCAGAGAAACGCAGGCCAAUUCUUCACAAGCAAUGGCUGCUGUUCACGACAAGAAGGAGCUCUUGGGUUGGUAUUUGAUCACUCUCAAGCUCCGAGAAACUGUGGAAUCUCGACUCCUCGAGAAAUCAACCUGUGGGGCCGAAAUCAUCACCGACUAUGAGCCGAGGCCUCCCGAGUCCGAGUGGGUCAUCUCAAUCAAAGAGAAGCUCGAGCAAGGUCGCCAGGAUAACGUGCCAGUCUCGGGGGCAAAGCUCUCCAUUUACCGGUUUCCGCACUAUCUCAAGGAUGGCCAUGACGAGGACUGGGUCCCCCAGAUCGUCUCCCUUGGCCCGUACCACCACGGUGACGAGCGCCUCCGCCAUAUGGAGCGGCACAAGUGGCGCUGCCUCCACCGCAUCCUCGAGCGCUCCCAUCAGGAGAUAGGCUGCUAUCUAGACUCGGUGAAGAAGGUCGAGGGGAGAGCUCGCGCCUGUUACGAGGGAACGAUAUCCAUGAGCAGCGACGAGUUUGUGGAGAUGAUGGUUCUCGACGGUUGCUUUGUGAUCGAGCUGUUCCGGGGAUUUGACGAGGGGUUCGAGGAACUCGGCUACCCUCGCGAUGACCCUGUCUUCUCAAUCCGGCGAUCGAUGCUCGAGAUCCAGCGGGAUAUGAUCAUGCUUGAGAAUCAGAUCCCGCUCUUCAUACUCGACCGGCUGUUUGGUCUGCAGCUCGGCGACCCCAACCAAAAGAGGGGCGUGGCCAAGCUGGCAAUCCAGUUCUUCGACCCUCCGAUGUGGAAAGGCAAAAUUUUUGGUGAGUACGUCGGCAAAAGAUUGGGGUUCGACCCGUUAUUCGACCAUGGCAGGGUCCAUUGCCUCGACGUGCUCUGGCGGAGCCUCCAAUUUUUGGGCCCAAAUCAGUCCACGACCAAGCAAUGGUCCAAGAGCCGGGAACAGCUUACUCCCUGCUUGACCGAGCUCCGGGAAGCCGGGGUCAAGAUCAGGCGUAAUUAUUUUAGAUGUUGGGGGGACAUAAAGUUCGAAGACGGGAUCCUCAGGAUCCCCCAGCUUGUGAUCCAUGAAGGGACGAGGUCGCUCUUCCUCAACUUGAUAGCCCUGGAGCAGUCUCACUUGGAUUGCAGCAGCAACGUCACCUCGUUCGUAAUCUUCAUGCACAACCUGAUCAACUCCCCCGAGGACGUCCGGUACCUCCGCGAACACUCCAUCAUAGAUCACUGCCUUGGGAGCGACGCCGAGGUGGCUGACCUCUUCAAACGGCUUUGCCAGGAGGUGGCCUUGGACUUCGAAGGCAGUUUUCUCAGCCGUCUAUCUAAUCAAGUUUACCGGCACUACUUAUGUAAAGAGCUUUCCUUCAGAGACGCUCUCGCGCAAAAGUGGAAUUCCUGGAGAGCCGUUCUCAAGAACAAGUACUUCGACAAUCCCUGGUCAAUCAUUUCCAUCGUUGCUGCUUUCGUUUUGCUUGUGCUUACUUUCAUACAGGCCCUUUAUGCUGUCUAUGGUUACUACCGGGUGGGUUCUUGAUUUCUCAUACAGUGGAAAUAAUCCUAUGAGCUCUUUAGGAGUGAUGAAAAACCGGUGAAAAUCCGGGUGACUAAUUGACUAUUAGCAGCCAAUUUGCAGAUGAAUGCUGACGUGGAGGUUUCACCUCCUAGUUAAAACGAAUGUGUGAUAGUGGUUAGACUCAGACCCCAGGAAAUAUAUCCGUCACGGGACUUCUGACUAUAAUAUGGCAAUACAUUUCACGAGAAAUCAU